CGUUGCCGGGCGGAAGCGGCGGCGGUUGGUGUUUAAAGGCUCCGCGGCGGCAAAAGGGCGGCGAGUGGCGGCAAGGCGGGCGGAGUGGCCCGGGAGCUUCCUGGUCUCUCCGCUCCGCCUCGGGAGAAGCCGGGCGGAGCGCCGAGAUGGUCUCCAGAGCCGCCGAUCGGCUGCUGAUCGUCGUCUCCGUGCUGGAAGGGCGCUGUUUCCCAAAACGACCCAAGCACGAGCUUGUAGUUGAAGCCAAGUUAGAUGGUGAACAGUUGGCUACUGACCCCGUGGAGCAUACUGAUCAGCCAGAAUUUGCUACAGAAUUGGCCUGGGAACUUGAUAGGAAAGCACUUCAUCAGCACAGACUGCAGCGUACACCUAUCAAACUCCAAUGUUUUGCGCUGGAUCCUGUAUCUUCAGCUAAAGAGAAUAUAGGCUAUAUUGUACUGGAUCUAAGGGCUGCACCAGAAAAGAAACAGGCACCUAAAUGGUAUCCUUUGCUUAGUAACAAGUACCCUAAGUUUAAACCUGAAAUACAAAUUGGUGUUGCAUUGGAGGCAGAUUCAAAAGCACUGGUUGAUGAUUUUAAAGCAAAGGAGGCACCCCCUAGAGAAGAGAAGGUACUAACCCUUUUUUGUGGACUGGACCCUAAAAGUAUUGUGCCAGUCUUGAAUGAAGAAGAGGGCUAUCAUCAAAUUGGACCAGCAGAGUAUUGCCGAGAUCAUUUUGUCUUAUCUGUAACUAUUGUAUUUGCCACACAGUUGGAACAGUUAGUUCCUAGUACUAUGAAGCUCCCUGAUCGACAACCUGAGUUUUUUUUCUACUACUCAUUACUGGGAAAUGAUGUCACAAAUGAACCUUUCACUGAUUUAAUUAAUCCAAACUUCGAGCCAGAAAGAGCUUCAGUUCGAAUACGUAGUACAGUAGAUGUUCUUCAAGUUUAUCUUUGUGCACAGUCAAAAUUGCAGGUCCAUCUUUGCUGUGGGGACCACUCUCUUGGAAGCACUGAAGUUCCCCUGUCUGGACUCCUGAAGAGUGGAAGUGUGGAGAUUGACCAACACCCUGUGGCAAUAGAAGGACCAUUUGUUCUUGUUCCACCAAAUAGAGCUAAACAGAAGCUGCCACAGCUGCCUUUGGAUCUGGCCCCUACUGUUGGGGUAUCUGUAAUUCUUCAAAGGGAGAGCUUGACUACCCAGCCUUUGAUUCCCUUAAAUGCUGCAACUGAACCCAAACAGCCACGGGAGAAAGUUCUUUCACAUGUUACUGGAAAAACAGAGAAGCAGCAGCAGAGAUCCCAGAAUGUACCAUCUCAAGCCAACCAGUGUUCAUCAAAAGAAGAUGUAGCAACAGAGAGUGAAGUGGAAAGUCUUAAGUUUGAAAAAGGCACAAAACCAAGGAAGAGGGGAGUGCUCACUGGCUACCCUCAAGAGGUUAACAAACAGUGUUUUGAAGAGCUUCCAGCUUUGAAAUCGCAGAGCAGAGCAAAAUCACCUCUGACAGAUAUGCAAAAUCCUACUGAUAGUGGUCCAGUAGCGAUAUCUCAGCUUAACCCUGUGGGUCUGUCCAGUCCUUCUGAGCCUGCAUCAGCACAGAAAAUUGUCAUUCCAGCAGCCUCUCACCAUUUUUGCUUUUCAAUAGACUUAAGAAGUAUACGUAGUCUGGAAGUUGGUUUUCCAAUAAAUUGCAUUCUAAGGUAUUCGUACCCAUUUUUUGGCAGUGCAGCACCUAUUAUGACAAGUCCACCUGUAGAAGUUAGAAAGAAUAUGGAAGUCUUUCUUCCAAAGUCAUAUUGUGCAUUUGAUUUUGCAACUAUACCUCGUCAGCUUCAAGAUACUUUCUUCAGAUUACCUCUGCUGGUCGAAUUGUGGCACAAAGAUAAAACAGCCAAAGACUUGCUUCUAGGAGUGGCAAGACUUCAGCUUUCAAGUGUUUUGGCUUCAGAAAAAACCCGUUUCUUGGGUGGGAAUGGUGAACAAUGCUGGCGUCAGACUUGUAAUGAAACAGUCAGUUUCACAGCAGCACAAGGGUCAGGCAGCAGAAUAGCAGAGCUUUCAUACACCAUCACCUUGGAAGACUACGGACUUGUCAAAGUGCAAGAAGUUAUGGUGUCAGAUUCUUCUCAAGAAGUAGGUGCUGGUCAACAACGGCAUGUUGCUCACACUCAGCUUCUCUGUGCCCCAGAAGACCAUCCAGAACCUCGAGAAACUCUGGAAUACAAAGCAGCACUGGAGUUAGAAAUGUGGAAGGAAAUGCAAGAAGACAUUUUUGAAAAUCAGCUUAAAAAGAAGGAAAUGGUCCAUAUGCAAGCACUUGCAGAGGAAUGGAAGAAAAGAGACAAAGAGAGAGAGUCAUUAGUGAAGAAAAAGGUAGCAGAAUAUAAUGUUUUGGAAGAAAAGCUUCAGAAAACCCUGAGAGAUCUGGAUAAGCGAGAGCGACAACUUUUUAGUGCUGAAUCAGAGGUUCAAAGAGUAAAGAAGGAGCUGCAAGCAGAUCAUGAACGAAAUCUGCAGGUGCUUCAGGAUUCUUUGCGUCGAGCCAGGGAAGAAUGUGCACACCAGCUAGAGCUAGAAAGGUCAAAAAUCAAACAACUGGAAGAAGACAAGCAUCACUUACAUCAGCAGCUUUAUGAAGCAGAAAAUAAGCAUAAGACUUUGCAGAAGGAGUUUCAGCAAUACAAAGAACAGCAAAGUAGCAAACCAGAAAUCCAGCUACAAUCAGAAAUAAAUCUUCUCACUUUAGAAAAGGUUGAACUUGAAAGAAAGUUAGAGUCAGCUACCAAGUCAAAGCUUCACUACAAACAACAAUGGACGAGGGCUUUGAAAGAACUUGCAAGAUUAAAACAGCGGGAACAAGAAAAUGCAAUGGCUCAUCUUAAAAGGCAGCAACAAGAGCUCGAACACAUGAGAUUGCGCUAUUUGGCAGCGGAAGAAAAAGAGCUGGGAAAAACAGACCGACAAGAGCUGGAGGAUAUCAGAAAUGAACUUAACAGGCUAAAACAACAAGAAGAGGAGAGAAAGAAAUUACAGGAUGCUAGAGAUAAUUCUGCUGGUAGAAUGGAUAGUCUUCAUUGUAGAAAACUAAAUGAGAAUACAGAUGAUUACCUUUCUCGUCUGAUAGAAGAGAGGGACACCCUGCUAAGAACUGGAGUCUAUAAUAAUGAAGACCAUAUUGUAAGUGAACUAGAUCGUCAAAUCAGAGAGGCUAUUGCAAAAAGGAACAUCACUAUUUAAAAGCAUGCAAAAAGUUUUAGAGCCAAAAUCUGAAUAGAGUGACUUGUAUAAGCCUAUAGUACUUUGUGAAAUAUAUAACAUCAUGCUUUGUUUUGCACAUUAUGGUCAGCUCUCUUUGAAGUCACGUAAGUGCUUGCAACAUGUCAAGUUAAGCACAGUUUUAAGUUUUAUGGGGCAAAUGACUGGUUUUUAGUGUUUUUAUACUCAUAUGUAUAUAUAUAUAAUUGUGUGCAUGUGUAAAUAUAUUUAUCUUGUGUACGCUCUUCUGAAAUGUUUCCUGCCUCUUCUUGUAUCACCCUGACUAGGCUUAUUUUUAAUAUUGAUUCUAAGAGGUUUUUAGUCAUUCAGUUUUUAAAAAUAUCUCUUCAGCUAUACUAGGGAGAACAUCGGCUGUUUUCUCUGACAAAUCUCCUAAUUCUGAACAGAACUAAGGCACUGACUCAAUGUUAGUUUUUUUACUAAAUGACAAAUAAUAAAUUUUUGCUUCUCUGACUGCAGCUACCAUAACUAAUUUAUGUAGUAAUUAAGAUACAAGGUUUUAAAUUUGAGGGGGAAAAUCAAACCUUAUGAAACUGAAGCUGAAUGAGUUAUUAACUAGCCUGAUUGUCCAGGGUUGCCCUAGCAAUUUUGCACAUGUUCUGUUAAGGCUAUACCCGGGAAGAUGAAGACCUUAUUCAGAAGUAUACAUGCAUUCUUACAUCAAUCCCUAAUGAGGAAAGAUACCUGAAGCCAUAAUUCUGAACACAAACAUGAAACAAGAUCUUUUCCAAGUCAAGUUACUUAAGACGUGUUUCAGAACACGUUAACUCAUUACCACUUAAAUUGUUUGAUUGUGGAAGUACAAACAGCGUGCAAGGGAGAAAUUCAUAAUUAAUGUUAGUUUGUCCAUAAGCACAAUUGAAAAAUUUUUGUUUUCCAGCUUUCCUUCAAUUUCUGUUAGGAUUUACCUAGUAACAGUAACAUACAACACUGUCAAUUCAUUAGGCAUCUCCUGUAGUCACUAGUGUUUCCAUUUGAAUGUCAAGUACAAAAAUCAUCUUAUGAUUUAUUAGUUUUAGAAUGAACGAAGAUACUGGUGGAAAAAAAAAAUAGUGAUUUGGGAUUUUUAAUAAAAUCAGUGAACUAUCAUAGAGAAGCUUGUAUACGUGCGACCUUCCUGUUUUGUGUAGUAUUAAUUAUAAAAUGGGAGAAGGGGCAUUUAGGUCUCCAUGCAUUGUUUGUUCUCCUCCUUACCAUGAGUGUAGGUCCUGCUAAAUAAACUAUUCAUUUAGACUCCUUAGAAAAGUUAUAAACAAGCUGUAUAAACAUUGAGACCAUAUUCCCUGAGGAAUACUUGAAUACUUACCAAUACCAGGCUUCAUAAAAAAUGCUUUUGUAAAUAUAUUUUUCUAAGUAGUAUGCUUAGAGAUCCCUCUCCACUAACAAAGAAAAUACCACCCUCUUAAGUCCCAUAGAAAUCCAUGAAAUGCAGUUUUCAAAUACUGUUUACAUCAUGCUGUAUGAUAUCCUGAUAUAACUGAUGCAGGGUUAUAUGCAAUUAUUUUAAAUUAUGUGGAAAGCUUCUAUCUUGACAAGAAAACUUGUUCAUAACUUUUUUUCUUCAAAUGCUUGCUUACUUGUGUAGUUUCUUCUCUAGACACUGGAGGGUGCCUGAGACUUAAAUAUUGCAAAAACAAUGUUGACUAAAUUUUCAUAACUGGUUGGUUUUUGAACUGGCAUUUUAUGACUUUUUGGGUGUAUUAUUUUAUGAAAUAAAAUUCAAUUUUCAAGUAAA